AUGCGCGCAGUGGCGUGCGAGGCGCUGGGCGACCCAUGCAAGCCGCUGGGAAGCGGCGUGCUGGUUCUGCGCCAGGACGAGCCCAGCCCGGCCCUUCCCACUGAAGACCACAUCCGAAUCAGGGUGUCAGCUGCGUCACUGAACUACCCAGAUGCCCUCCAAAUCCAGGGCUCGUACCAGGACAAGCCAAAACUCCCGUUUCUUAUUGGAAAGGAGGCCUCCGGGGUCGUCACCGCCGUCGGCGCCCGCGUGAAGGCCUUCAAGCCGGGGGACGCCGUGUGCGGCGUGGGGGACGCGGGGGCGUUUGCGGACGAGUGGGUGGUGCACCAGGCCUCGGUGUGGCGCGUGCCGGACGGCCUCGACCCCCAGCUCGCGUCCGCCCUGCCCAUCGCCUACGGCACCGCUGACCUGGCGCUGCGGCACCGAGGGAAGCUGGGGCCGGGGCAGACCCUGCUGGUGCUCGGCGCGAGCGGCGGCGUGGGCACCGCGGCCGUCCAGAUCGGCAAGCUGGUGGGGGCGAGGGUCAUCGCCGUCACCUCUGGCGCUGCCAAGGCGGACUACCUGCGGGGACUGGGGGCGGACGCCGUGGUCGACGCGGCGGCGGCGCCAGAGGGCGCGCCGCUGCACAAGCUCAUCCGCGCGGUGGCGCCAAAGGGCGGUGUCGACGUUGUGUUUGACCCUGUUGGCGGGAAGCUGCUGGCUGAGGCCCUGAAGGUGGUGGCCUGGGGGGCGCAGUACCUCGUCAUCGGGUUUGUAGCGGGCAUUCCCAAGGUCCCCGCAAACCUGCUGCUCGUGAAGAACUGCACGGUACAUGGAGUGUUCUGGGGCAGCUACAUGCAGCGCCAGCCCAAGGUCCUGCGCGCCAGCAUGGACCAGGUGCUCGCCUGGGCAGCUUCCGGGCAGCUGCAGAUCCCCAUAUCGCACCGCUUUGGCCUGGAGGGCGUGCCAGAGGCCAUGGCGGUGCUGCUGGGGCGCGGGGCAGGCCUGGCCAGCAUGGGAUGCAUCUGGGGCGAGCUGGGCCAGCACAAGAGCAGCACACAGCGCAGCCAGGAGUGCUGCUGCUGCGCGCCCUAG